ACUCUCUCUCCCUCUUCUCCGUUGCCGUUUCUUUCCAGAGGGUCUCUCGGUCUCGGUCUCUCCUUCCUUCCCUGCCCUAGCCCCGGCUUCCAUUCGGCCAUUCCCCGCCUCCCCGGCCCGACCACACCCACCCACCGUUCCUCCUAGGAACCGGCUUCCGGCCGGUGCAUCACCCCAGCCCUCGCUGGAGAAGCGGCCCCGGCCAUGGCGGGAGGCGGCGGCGGCCGGAGGGACGCGGAUGCUGGCGUGAAGAUCGGCAGCGGCAACGUGUUCGCCGCGCUCGAGGCGCUCAAGAAGAAGAAGAAGAAGCCUCCGUUCGCGUCGUCGUCCGCUCCGGGGAGGAAGGGGACGAAGGGGCCCAGGAAGGCCGCGCCGGGGGAGGAGAACGCAGCGCAGCCGCCGCCACCGCCAGAGGUGUUCUGGGCGCCCGCGCCGCUCAAGUCCAAGUCGUGGGCCGACGUGGAGGACGACGACGACGACGACUACUUCGCCACCACCGCCCCGCCGCGGGCCGUCUGGGGGACCCCCGGCCCCGCCGCCGCUGCGGAGGAGGAGGAGGGCAAGGCCAGCGCCGACGAGGUACAGGAAACUGAGAGUGAAGAUGAUGGUCUUGAUGUUGACAUGGGUGAUGAUGAACCAGAGGAACCUGAGCAUCGACAUGAAGUUGAUGUACCAUCUGAACCUGAAGUUAAAAUAUCUGCUGCAAUGCCUGUCCAUUCCAAAGACACAGAAAAGCAACUUUCAAAGAAAGAAUUGAAGAAGAAAGAGCUUGCAGAACUAGAUGCUGUGCUGGCCGAGUUGGGGAUCUCUGAAAAUGCUACAAAGGUUGAUGUGACUAGUAAAUCUGAAAGAAAGGCUGGUGAACAGAAUGGAGAUUGGGAUAAGAACGGUCUUCCUGUACCUCCAGAAAGCAAGAAUUCAAAAAAGAAGAAAUUAAAGAAGGACAAACCGACGAAGGAUUCUAAAGAGCAGCCCAAUGAAGUGGAUUCCAGCAAGGAUCAUGGAGAGGCAGCUGAUACAAAAUCUGACGAGGAAGCUACUGCGGUGGAUGUGAAGGAGAAGAUGAAGAAGAUAGCUGCUGCGAAAAAGAAAAAAUCAAGCAAAGAAGUGGAUGCCGCUGCCAAGCAUGCUGCAAUCGAGGCUGCUGCUAGGAGCGCGAAGCUUGCUGCUGCAAAGAAGAAAGAGAAGAACCACUACAACCAGCAACCUGUACGAUAGACUGCUUUCAUCCCGAGCUUCAGAAUAAGCAGCGUGCUUGUUGGAUCUAUUUCACAUCAUGUGAUACGGAGUACUUUCAUGCCUUCCCAACAGAUGAUGCUGUUUUCUCUGCUUGCUUUACAUUAUUUAAGCUGAAUAUAUUGACCAUACCUGUUGACUUUUUGUUGGAGCCCCCAUAUUCACUUAUGGGAAUUUCCGCCUUUGAUAUGGAGGUUAUCAAACAUCAGACUAGUGAUUAUAACAAUGCACAGUUCAUACUCAGUAAGCUAAGUUGGUCCUGAUUUCUGGCUAUUUUUUAUGCACCUUUGGCCUUUGUACGUUACCUAUUAGAUUGUGCCUAGGAAACAAAAAUAUAUAUUUGCCCAGGCAGGAGAUUUGCUCCUAUUUUAAUGUCAGAUGUUCUGUUCA